CCAAAAAUUACAUGGACCGAAAUCCAGCGUGUUGUGCAUCUUCGUUUCCCUACUAUCUUUGCACUUGCAGUCGCUUCCAUGGAGACGAGACAUACCAAAACGCAGUUGCACAGCCGACGGCCGCACUCGGAUUGUUUUGUUACAGAAAUAUAUAACUUUCCUGCUACAGCGUUGAUGUGAUAACUAGUUCAAAUUUAGUGGAUGCCCUUGUCCAUCAGCAUGUCUAACAGGACUUACAGUGAGAUCUGGGCAGAUGCCCAGGGGGGACUUAACAGUCUGCUGACCCAGGAGCUGGCUGAGCAAGUACACCCUGAGAGGGACAGAGUGGUUUUCUUCCAGUGUUUGGUCACCCUCUAUGUACGUUAUGUGAAAAUAUUUAGGCAAUUGGAGGAAGCCUAUGACCAGAUUGUGCACCCCCAGAAGAGAAGAGUCAUCCGGGCUGUUUUGGAUGGUGUGAUGGGCCGUGUGCUGGAACUCAAGAAUGAGAUGGUGGAGAAGGAGUUUUCUGAGUACCAUUACAUGGAUGAUGUCAUCCAAGACUUGAAGCUGACGCCAACAGAUAUUGAGAUCCCAAUUCCAAGAUAUUUCCGGAAUGAGCGAAACCAGGUGCUGCAGGACAGAGAGAAGAUGCUAUCCAACACCCUUAAAUUAAUGGAAGGGGUGGAAAAACCCUUGUCUUUGGAAGUACAUCCACUAAAUUUUGAGGAGGCCGUCAAGCUCAUACAAGUGUCUGAGAGAGCGCGACAGGGAAGGCUGCGGGCCAAGUUCAUGAGGGAGAUCCAGCAGGAUGGAGAGAGGCAGAGAAGGGCCAAGGAUCGAGACCUGGCUGCCAUCAAUCAUGCUGCAGUUCACAUCCAGAAGGUAUGGAAAGGCUACCAACAGAGGAAGAAAACAAAGAAGGACAGAGAAGAAGAGAUGAUUUUUCUGGGCAUGGCUCUGGGCUCGGCCCACUCCCAGACAUGCAGUUCCAUACUUGCUGCCCGGGCUAAUGAGGCCUGCAGGAGGCAGAGGCAAAACCAGCAUGAAGAGGACUUCCAGAAAUCAAUCAUUGCUAUAACUGACCAGCUUAGAGAAGUAGAGGGGCCUGACAUGAAGGAGACCAUGAAGGACCAGAUCCGGCAGUGGUUCAUCGAAUGCCACAAUACAACAGGAAGCUUUCCGGACUACCCAGAUGAGGAAGAUGGUGGCUCAGCUUUGAUAUUUUCUGACAAAACUCCUCAGCAGUUGAUUGAAGAACUAGAAGAGAAGGAAGAGGACAGCAAAAAUCCAAAAGUAAAGGAUGAGAAAAAGGAUAAAGCAAAGAAAAAUGAAGAAGAGGAGGAGGAACCAGGUUUGAAAAUGCUGCCAUCUGCUUUUCUGACAGACCUUGAUAUCGGCCGGAAAACUUUUUCAUCAAUCUGGCAGAACCGUAAUGAGUCCAAGAACUUCAGCCAGAGGCAUGAGGCUGAGCUGAUCAAGGAAGAAAAGAGGAAGGAGCUUGAGGCUGAAGUCAGGCUUCAGGUGGAUGAACUUAUGAGACAAGAGCUGGCUAACUGGAAGCUGGCCGUGGAUAAAGAUAAAGGGAAGGCCAAGGGUAAAACGAAGAAAAAGAAAGGAUCAAAAAUUGGAAAGAAGAAGAAAAAAGACAAAGACCUAACAGCUGAUAGGAGCAUUCAGUCCUUGUAUCAGGAGCUGAUUGAACAGGGCCUACUGAAGCAGGCGAAAGCUAUUAAUCUGGAGGACUAUUUAGGUGACUACAGCUAUCUUGGGACAACUCUACGACAGACUGAUAUCGAACCCAUGCCAUCCUUAUCAGAUGUGCGGCAAGUUAUAGCUUUGUAUGCUGUUUUACCAUUAGGCUCUCAGGAAGUCCAUGAGAAAGCCCCACUUGUCAAGGCCAUCUUACUGGCAGGGCCAGCAGGUGUGGGUAAGAAGAUGCUGGUCCAUGCCAUCUGUCAGGAAACAGGAUCCACCUUUUUUGACCUCUCCCCUCUUAACCUGGCUGGGAAGUACCCAGGAAAAAGUGGGCUGCAGAUGAUGCUUCACAUGGUGUUCAAGGUUGCUAGAUUGAUGCAACCCUCUGUGGUUUGGAUUGGAGAUGCUGAGAAGAUGUUUUAUAAGAAAGUUCCAAAAGAGGAAAAAGAGUUAGAUCCAAAACGCUUGAAGAAAGAUUUGCCCAAGAUUCUCAAAUCUAUCAAAGGUGAAGAUCGCAUUCUUAUUGUGGGCACAACUCAAGAACCGUUCAACGCAGACCUCAAAUCACUCUGCAAGGUGUACAGUAAGGUCGUACUCAUUCCACGACCAGACUAUGCUUCAAGAUAUGUAAUGUGGAAACAGCUUAUCAUGAAAUAUGGUGGUACGGUGACCAACAUGUUGGACCUCAGCUCUCUGGCCAAGAUCUCGGAUGGCUACACACAGGGUCACAUGGUGCAGGUUGUCCAGUCUGUCUUGACAGAUCGCCGCAUACAACAGCUGUCUAAGAGACCGCUGAUGGCAUCAGAAUUUGUCAAACCACUGGCCAAGACUGACCCAGUGUUCCAGGAUGAAGAGGAAGCCUUUAAAAAUUGGUAUGCUAAAACGCCUCAGGGAAAGAAACGAGCCAAAGCAGCCUCAGGCAAAGAUGGAGAAGAGGAGGCACCUUUGAAGGGAGACAAAGCUGCAAAAAAAGGGAAAAAAUGAAACAUUUUUGCAACAACAGAAACAUACAUUUUAAUAUUAUACUUGUGAGUCAUAACAUGAAUAUUCUAUUCACCUUUUAGAAAUGUGGUUGUUUUAGAUUUGGCACAUUUUAGUUGUCUUAUGAUUGUGUUAUGCAAUGUAAUUGCAAACAAUGAUUAUGUGAGUCUAGCAUAUAUGUGUCCACAAAACACUGUAAACAUAUUUCUUAAUAGGAGAUAUUAGAAAAAUUAAACUAGUCCACAAUGGGGAUAUUAACAGUCACUGGCUUAAUGUCCAGUGUGACAUUGGUGACAACGAUGCUGCCAGUAGUUAUCAGUAACUAUACAUAUGCCCAGGGAUCACCACAUAACAUACAUCAACAUAGUAAUCUUGCAUGAUAGAGAGCAAUAUGGGAGAGUCAAGUCUUUUCUGACCUAGUACAAAUGUCCCGUUUAUUUCUUUGGUGGAAUUAAAUCAUUAAUGUGAUUGUGGAGCAAAUUGCA